AUGUUCCACAUGAUUGACGGCCUUUCUAUUUUCCCAACUUCUCCCCUGUGUGCACAAGCGGAAUGUGCCAGGGAACAACGGUGCCUAGGGUUUGCCCUGAAGAAGGGUGAUGAUAGCUUCAUUUGUCAGCUCCUCUCCAAGAACUCCACAUUUGCUGUAGACCCUAAUAAAACAUCCAGGAUCUCUGUUUCGGAAAAAAUUGCACCAAAAGAAUUCGAAUUUGCGAUGGUCACGGGGAAGAUUCACUUUCUGAGAGCGAUGGGAAUAGGACCAUACACAGCUGCAAAGACCACUUGCAAAGGCGACGGUUUGGCUCACCUCGUCAUGGACGAUCGAGGUCAAGAGUGGCACGAUUACGUCCUUCAAUUCAUGGAGUCGCAUUUCCCAUCCCAAGACAAGUUUUGGAUAGGAGCUGACGACAUUGAUUGGGAUGACGAGUUUUUUUGGGUUGAUAGUGAGGAGACCGCUGGAAGUUUCCAUGCAGGGGGCCUGCGGGUGGAGGCGCGAGCUUCCAAGGGAGGAGCGUCUCGACGGUCACGUCUCCCUGGCCGGCGCGUGAAAUCUAAUUGGGAAAAUCCUGCCUGGCGUCUGCGGAAUCUUCUCACUCCAUCUCCAGGGGUGGGGGCGUUCGGCGGCGGGGGGGGCAGUCGGUUUCCCCUUUUGGAUGCGGGUGGGUCAGAGUUGAGGCGGCUGGUCGCGUCGGAGGGAGAAGGGCCUGCACGAUUCCUCAUCGGGUUGGCGGGAAGAGAAUUUGCCUGGCCUGGUCGAGUGCCUGGGUUCAGAGUGUUUCGUCGGGAAGAUCGAGAAGCGGAGUUUCAGAGGGAAAACGGGUGCCAUGGAUUCGCCCUGAAGAAGGUUCAGGACAGCUUCAUUAGUCAACUCCUCUCCAAGAACUCUACAAUUGCUGUAGAUACUGAUAAAACAUAUUGGAUCUCUGUUUCGGGGACUUUGGUGGCUGAUUCAAUGAAGACCUUCUGGCUUCUGGGCGAACCGAAUUUCCAAAGUGGAAACCAGAACGCGAGAUGCGUCGCGAUGGUGAAGUACAAAGGGGGGAAAUGGGAGGAUGUCUCCUUUUCGAAAACCCUGCCCAUCAUCUGCGAAAUCCGUCUCCCCUAA